AUGUUUUCCUUUCUUAUAUCGACAUUGGCAUCUUAUUUCCGCCGUAAGUGGCCCCCGUCACCGGAUAUACCGUCCGUCUCGGGGUGUGGUGCUAUGUUCUCAACCCAAGGGUUCCCCAACGAUCCCAUGUUCACUCGACUUCGCCGACGGUGCAUAGAAAAUGCCGGUGUGAUCAUCCAUGACGAGUCUGGGAUAGAUGCCGGCUAUGAUCACUUGGUAGGAGACGUCAUGCACAUGCGAAAAAUACUGCAAAAUCGACUGCCAAGUUCUUCAUUCGACGAGAAAGGGUGUCUGCGACAAGAGGCCGCCUCGAUAGCGCUCGUUGUAUCUGCUGGAUAUUAUUUUAUCGUGAGCUUCCUGGCCAUCGCGGCAUUAGGAGGUGUAUGUGUACCAUUGGGAAAAACUGUCACCCCAGAAGAAGCGUUAUACUUUUUGAAAAAGAGCAAGGCAGCCUGCGUCCUCGCAGAUGCAGAUACCCUUGAAACGGCCGAAGCCAUCGGAGCUUAUGCCCGAAACCAGAAUGGUCAGAAGGUGCAUAUAAUUCCCAUAACACGGGCGGGGUUGCGGCCAAACCUACGCCUAGAAUUGGAAAUUGAUGAGGAAUUGUGCUUCCCAUCUAACGCUGGAUCUCUUAUCCUAUUUACCUCUGGCACAACUGCGCUUCCGAAAGGGAUUCUUCUUCCGCGUCAGCUGUUCUACGAGAUAGAAGACAUACCGCCCAUAACCGGCCUCUAUCUCUCAUCUAGCCAGCCACAAUGGAUAGGAGGCGCAACUGGGCUUAUAUUCAGCGCUAUUAAUGGGGAAAGAAUACAUAUCGUUAAUGGUGGACCUGAGCCUAGGAGAUACUGGGAAAUUUUACGGAAAGGUAAGGUCACGGAAAUGGGCGCAUGUCCAACACUCCUAAGGACAUUGAUGGAAUACUAUAACGAGCAUAUCCGUGAUCUGCCGACUGAAGAUCGCGACGCAUACAUUAGUGGCGCUCAGAGUCUCCGAGUCGUAUACUCGAGCGGCUCAGCCCUUAAUCCGGCGACUCGCCAGUUCUUUGUGGAUUUGAUGAACAUGCCUAUCAGAAAUGCGUACGGGAUAUCGGAGAUGGGUGGAGGCUUAAUGGUAACUUCUGCUGAGUCGGCCUUACUGGAUGGAUGCAUUGGGACGCCUAUUCCCGGGGUGACAGUAAAGCUUUCUGAGGGUGACCACGGAGAAAUCCUAGUUAAGAAACCCAGCAUGUUCAUCCGCUACGUCGAUGACCCAGCCGCUACACAUGCUGCAUUCGACGAUGAAGGCUUCUAUAAAACUGGUGAUCAUGCCCACCGCGUUGGAGAUAACUAUUUUUUUGAUGGCAGAGUUUCAUAUGAUUGGGUUCGGUUCCAUGAGUACAGGAUAUCUGUCCUGGAGAUUGAACAAAUCCUGACGGACCUUGGAUACAUCUCUGAGGCUCACGUCAUUCCGGUUCCAGAUCACGAGGCUGGCGGGUUGGUGUCCGCGCUCGUUCGAAUUCGCAAGCGGAACGCCGUCACAGAAGAACAUGGCGAUAUCACCCUCCAAAAACUACGCCAAGACCUCGCCGCCGCCAAUAUUGCUGCGUACAAGCUACCUGCACUUUUACGAGUUCUCAGGGAUCACGAGCAAGUCCCCCUGACGGCCUCGGGCAAAGUUCUGAAAAAGCAAUGUCUCCAAAAAUUCUUUGACAUAUCCGGAUACCUACCGGAUCAAUAUGCUGUUGAUGGAGUGGAGUACUGGGGAAACAAGCUCGACCUGACCGCUUCGACACGUGUAGACGACUGGGGAGAGCUAUAG